AACUUAGUUUUUCUUGACCUACAAGAAAAUUACCUACUGCGUCUAUUUUAUUACAAUGUGCAGGUUAAAAUUAGAAGUUUUGAUCCUUUCCGUUUGUCUCAGCCACUCCUUGUCUUCGCAAUCGGAGCCUCAAGAACAACCGUAUGAGAUUGAAUCUUUUACAUUUGCUCAACAUUGGCCGGUAACUGAAUGUAAACUAUGGACAUACGUGACCCACCCUGGUGGUAGCUGCUCUUUUCCAAGGAAACCGAACCACUGGACCGUCCAUGGACUAUGGCCAAAGAUUAACAGAACACCGGGUGGAUACUGCAAUGAUUCAUGGCCUUUAGAUCGGGAAAUGAUCGACGAUCUUGAAAUUAAACUGAAUCAAACGUGGACUAAUAUUUAUAAAGAAUCCGAACAUUACAGUCUAUGGGAUCACGAAUGGAGGAAACAUGGAACCUGCGCAACAGCACACAAAUCCCUCAACACUCAAUACAAAUAUUUUAACAAAGGUAUCAAUUGGAAUCACAAGUAUUCCUUCAGGACAAUGUUUCGAGAUGCUGGACUAUUGCCUUCGGAUACGAAGCCAGUAACUCCUGAGGAAAUAGUUGCUGCAAUCAAAACUGUAACUAAGAAACUACCAAUGAUUGUCUGUGAGACCAUUUUUGAUGUUCAGUACUUGGACGAGUUGCGGCUUUGUUUCGACAACAUGCUAAAUAUUACUGAUUGUCACCCUGUAGUUGAUGACACUUGUAAUAAGUCUAAAGAUAUCAUCUAUGCUGCUACCGUCUGAUUGUCACUUAAAUUUUUUCAGUAAUAAA